CUCUGGAAUGUAUAGAUGUUGCCUGUUCGAUUUUUGAAUCCUGCCAAUGAGUUCUAGUAUAUGGCGUGCUUAAUUUCCUUGAAGCCUUUACAUUUGNUGCAAUAUAUUUUUUUUUUUCCUUUCAUUUAGUAAAUUAAGACUCAAUUUUCGGUUAACCUUUUUGUUCCUUGACUAUUCAAUGAAGCUUGCAGCUGCUUACUGUUUUUGUGGCGCAAUGUCGAUGGUGGAUGAGCCACUGUAUCCUAUAGCUGUACUAAUUGAUGAGCUAAAGAAUGAUGACAUUCAGCUCCGUUUGAACUCCAUACGUAGACUGUCCACCAUUGCACGUGCGCUUGGUGAGGACAGGACCCGGAAGGAGUUAAUCCCCUUUUUAAGUGAGAACAAUGACGAUGAUGAUGAGGUUUUGCUUGCUAUGUCUGAGGAAUUGGGCGUUUUUAUUCCUUACGUUGGAGGAGUUGAGCAUGCACAUGUUUUGCUACCUCCUCUGGAGACACUCUGUACUGUGGAGGAGACUUGUGUGAGAGAAAAGGCUGUGGAGUCUUUGUGUAGAAUUGGUUCCCAGAUGAGGGAGAGUGAUUUGGUUGACUGGUUUGUUCCUCUUGUGAAGAGGCUAGCAGCUGGCGAGUGGUUUACAGCCCGUGUGUCAGCUUGUGGCUUAUUUCAUAUUGCUUACCCGAGUGCUCCAGAUGCACUGAAGACAGAGUUAAGGAUGGUAUACAACCAACUGUGUCAAGAUGAUAUGCCGAUGGUGAGAAGGGCCUCAGCAACUAAUUUGGGAAAAUUUGCUGCCACUGUUGAAGCUGCAUAUCUGAAGGCCGAGAUUAUGUCUAUGUUCGAGGAACUUACACAGGACGAUCAAGACUCUGUGCGGUUGCUAGCUGUUGAGGGCUGUGCUGCUCUUGGAAAGUUGUUGGAGCCUCAAGAUUGUGUUGCACAUAUCCUCCCUGUAAUUGUCAACUUUUCACAGGAUAAGUCUUGGCGUGUACGGUACAUGGUUGCCAAUCAGCUGUAUGAGCUUUGCGAGGCUGUUGGAGCUGAGCCUACUAGGACGGAUUUGGUUCCUGCGUAUGUGCGCCUACUCCGAGAUAACGAAGCAGAAGUGCGAAUAGCAGCUGCUGGAAAAGUUACAAAAUUUUGUCGGAUUCUUAAUCCUGAACUUGCUAUUCAGCACAUACUUCCCUGUGUAAAGGAACUGUCAUCCGAUUCUUCCCAACAUGUGAGGUCUGCUUUGGCUUCUGUAAUUAUGGGAAUGGCUCCUGUCUUGGGAAAGGAUGCUACAAUUGAACAGCUUCUUCCCAUAUUCCUCUCUCUCUUGAAAGACGAAUUUCCUGACGUCCGCCUCAAUAUUAUUAGCAAGCUCGAUCAAGUUAAUCAGGUUAUUGGAAUUGAUUUACUCUCCCAAUCUUUAUUACCGGCUAUUGUCGAGCUUGCGGAGGAUAGGCAUUGGAGGGUCCGACUCGCCAUCAUAGAGUAUAUUCCUUUAUUGGCUAGUCAGCUGGGGAUGGGAUUUUUUGAUGAUAAGCUGGGAGCUCUUUGUAUGCAGUGGCUACAGGAUAAGGUUUACUCCAUCCGGGAAGCUGCAGCUAAUAAUUUGAAGCGCUUGGCAGAAGAGUUUGGUCCAGAAUGGGCAAUGCAACAUAUAAUUCCCCAGGUUCUGGAUAUGGUACACAGUCCGCAUUAUUUGUACAGGAUGAUCGUUCUUCAGGCGAUCUCAUUACUGGCUCCUGUGAUGGGUUCUGAGAUAACGUGCUCUAGAUUAUUGCCAGUUAUCAUAACUGCAACAAAGGACAGGGUGCCGAACAUCAAAUUUAACGUGGCUAAGGUGUUGCAAUCCAUGAUCCCCAUUGUUGAUCACUCCAGACGUGUUCUUUCCCACGUCCUUGUUGUGCACUUGUCUUGCAGAGUCGUCGACUACUGCCCCUUGGUUGCCGAGGAACGCCAAGGGCCGUCGAGGGAUCACCGAGGGAGCCUAUCGCUGCAUAAGAAUCGCGGGUCGCGCACGUUGUCGUUAGGUCGCGUCGCUGAGUGCCUGUGUCGCUGUUCGCGCUGCUCACUGCGGGUCGCUGGGUGCGCUGCGCGUGAAUGUCGCGUGACGCCUGGUGCCUGUUGCGGGUGGCGCGAGUCGUACCGCUCGUGUGUACCCGGUGUCGUCGGUGCUGUCGCCGUGUAUGGUGGUUGCCAGGGAGGAGCACGCUAA